AUGGCAGUAUCAAUUAUGAGAGAAAACCGUGAUAAAACUACUGCAAUCCAUCCAGCUCCGCAUUCCCAGGUACUUCAAAAAGAAAGUGAAGAAUCCGACCACGGAGAGGAGUGGAACACCUCCAACCACACAUGGAUACAUUUGAAGCCUUCCAAAGAGGAGACAGAAGGGAAUAUCUUAAAAGCAAAGUAUUCCCUCUUCCGUGUGUUCGUGUAUUCCCAGCAAAUAUUCCGCAAUCUAAAACAGCGACUGAAGACACAAGGUGCCACAGAGUUGUCAAAUUCUGACCUGGCAAGUUUCUUCUCUCCAUGGUAUGCAGAACAUAUAGGCCGCAUCCAGUCGGCAAGUGGCAAUGCUACUGUAGAAGCAUGGGCAGCACGCGAAUUGAGGGUGCAUUAUUAUUUUUAUGCUUAUCAGAAUCUUCUGAAGUUAAAUGGCAAUGCAAAAUUACUACGUGUUCUCGACGGUCUGUUGGGCAAUGAAGCCCUUCUCCAGUUGGAUUUAAGGACUUUAGUACCUGCUUUCAAAGAUCCCACGAAAAGACAAUGGUUUCAGGAAGUAGUAGACAAUUACCUCAAAUUGUGGGAAGUUAACAUGUGAUCAUUGAUACUA